UUACUACGACCGGCCACCGCCUUAGUAGUUCCCGAACGGACGAUCGGAGCCCGAUAUUUCUGCCCGCCCCCGGUUGAUAAAUGGCUGACGUCGCCGGACACCGCCGUAGUCGUACUCUGAAAGACGGCUUCCACCACCCUGACCUGCGGAUGAAGAUCAUCCAAUUUCUCACCGGUGUUGGCAAGUUCGCCGUGGACUCCACCAUCUUUAACUCUCUCAUGGCCGCCACCGGUAAGAAUAAAGUGCAUAAGAUUAUUUGGCAGGGAGGAUUGAAGGAUAUACCCCAUUCAUCCUCUUUAAAUGAUAAAAAACCAGAAGAGCUUAAACUAGUGAUGGAUAAGAAGAUGCAGGCAGAGAUGGAGGAAGCAGAGGAACGCAAGAAUAAAAUGAAGCAACACCAUUGUACAUCUGCAAAUAUCGUUUAUGGCUCUGAACCUCUGAAGAAGUUUCCAGGAGAAGGCGCCAAAGGAUCGGCCAAUACAGUGCAAAAUGACAAGAAAAGGAUCUUCAUCCGUUCUCGACUGUAGAGAAUCGGGUUCAUCGCCGUUGUAGCAAAGCAAGAAUAAUGGAUGCCUUUCUUGAGAAAGGUAUGUAAGCUGUAGAUAGAGUUGUUUGAUGUAAAAGUUAGCUUGAUACUUUUGAUCAUGUCUAAAGCUAUUCAUCCAAUAUUUACAUGGAUGGUGUUCUUAGCAAGUUGCAUACAAAUCCCUCGCCUGUUCUCUUAAAACAUCGGUAUAUGAGAUAAAAUAUGUCACAUUGGUGUCAAACUAA